AUGAGAUCCCCUGUGACGAAAGCUGCGUCGAUGGCGGCAUUGCUGACUAGCGCUAGUGACGGCUUUCAAUUGAAUUCAAACAGUAGCUCUCAAUUGAUUUCAAACAACAGCGUUGCUGCCGCCCUAGCAUCCGCACUCCCAAACUCAGCUUCGAGCUCCAUUGACAGACAGCCAACACAACUUACGACCGCCGACCCCACUCCUUCGAAUGUCGCCCCUUCGAGCGUCGACCCUCCCAGCGUCGCCCCUCCGAGCACCGCGACCGCGACCGCGACCGAGACCAAGUCAGGCCCUUCCCCUACCGUGAAUCUUGAUUGA